AUGGAUUUCAAAGUUAGGACAAAAGGCCUCUGGGUUUCUGGCAAGAACUAUAUUGUUGGGAAUGCGGCGAGUUUGGCAAACGGCGUCAAAUUUGAGGACAUGUUCAAUGUGUAUGCCUAUUAUGGUAAAUUAAUUGUUCCAACCGCUAUCGAAUAUUCUGUUGACUGCAUCGUUGCCUUCUUCCUGUUCCACAUUUAUUUGUUUUACGUGUUGGUGAUUACAUUGGGACGAGCUGUAGUCAAACGAUUUAAGUUGAAAGGCUCACAAGUUGUUCCUGAAAUUGGAGCGUUCAAACAAAAAGCGGGCCUAAUUUUAACCUAUUUUUUCGUGUGCCAAUCAAUUUCUCGUUGGACUCUUGGAGCAUCAUUUCUGGAUAAAGUAAUGGGAUGGGUAUUUCAAGUGAAACCGCAAAUCAAUUUUAAACCGCAAAUAAAAAUUGCGAAAAGUGAAUCAAAUAGUUCACUGGUUUCGAUGAAAAGCAAAUUUGAUACUUCGAUCAAUUGUGGAUUUGAAUCGGAAGAUGAGGAUACGCGGAAGGCGAUCAAAAAUCUCUCGAUUGCAUCGAACGGUCUAGACUUUGUCUCCGAUUUUACCGCCGCCGUUGCCGGAACACACAAGCAGAAGAAGGCGAAGUCGGCGGCGAGUUUAGCAUCGAUGGAGCAACUCGACGAGUCAUUCGAGAGCGAAGCCGAUGUAUCGUUGCCUCUCGAAGAGGAAACCUCAAUGAGUUUGGUUGAAAAAUGGCUUGCCGGACAAAAUUCGUCGGAAACCAAAUCAGUGAACGAUUAUUUGCUCAAGCUGGUCGCACAAGAUGUUAUCAGAAGGGUAUUCGAUUAUGAAAUUCGGUAA